AUGCCGAAUCGCGUGAAAGAAAUUCGGCUCAGAGAUGAAGAUAUGCUACGUCGAGCUGGUUUCGAUCCCUCCUCAACGGGGUCCGGUUUCGCCAAUUUCUUACUCCUCAUUGCUGAACUGUACAACCAACCGGGGUCAAGAUUGCACGCGCGUUUAGCUCUCGAGUAUUGGUGGCCUUCCGGAGAAUUGGCUGGAAUGGGUUUAACUGCGGGUGCUAAUUUGACCGGACCGCUGGGUUCGGAGUUUCUACCCGGUCUUCGUGGUCUGCCAUCCCGUUCACCUUCCAAGGCAGCUGCCGUGCAAGGUCGCACCAAUGAGGCGGAUAAUAUACGCCAGGCUUCGCUUUUCAGAUUUGUACGAUCUGCUGGGGACAUGGUCACCACCCCUUGUUUGUUUUUACCAUACGUUCGUAUGCUUCAUGGUCUUGUGGGAUGUCGUAAUGCGGCCGGUCUUUGCUUCAGUCUAUUGAAAGCCAAUGUGAAUAAUCCAGGUCGUGGAGCGUCGUUGACCUCUUGGGAUCACUUUUUCGGUAGCUUUCGACAGUAUCUGGAUCAUAUGCGACAACCUGUGUCUCAACCAGUACCCAAAACUUCCUACCGUAUGACUCUCCCAUCUGUGACCAAUCAACUCUAUCCGCACCUGUAUCAGAGCUCGGUACAUUUGCAUUCUGGUCGACUUCCCGCAUCGAAUACGACCAUGGAUAUGCAAACACUGCCGGGGACGGGGACAGGUUUACUCAACUCCGGUGCCUGGGCAAGUAGUCAUGCGACCGCCCCAGCAAUCCUUCCUCGAGCAAUUCAGCCAGAGGAACAGCAAGGUUUACAAGCUGUUCUUCGCUUGAUCUCCCGAAUCGCACGAAUGGACCCAGUGGCUCGUUCCCUGUUUGCUGGUACUACUCACUGGCAUGUGAUACCAACUUGCAUCGGUCUUUUGGGUUGCCCAAUCUCCUUGGGUCUCAAAGCCGAUUUACUUCAUCUAUUGACUGCACUCUCGAGAACAGCUACAGUCGGGGCUUUAAUCUGGCGACACAUUUCGAUGUCCGAGACUGAGAUGGAUGAAGUUGAACCGAGGGCCGAGGAAUACCCGAUCACCCGGGCUUUUCUCGCCCUGACCACAGUGUUCAUGCCUCAGUUGACCGGAACAGUGGCGGAUAAUGGCAUCAACGCUGUUCCACUCGGUCGUUCAAUGGUACCAGAUGGAACCCUGUUACCUUCAGAUGACAGUUUGCUAUCGCAGUCCAACUCACUGAUCUCAGUGAUUACGUUCCUGACCAAUUCCGUAUUUUUGAAGCACAACAUGCGUGCUUAUCGGGAUCCAAAUGAACGGUGGGAUAUCGCGGCCGCUUGUUUGGUCUUAUUUGAUGGUUGUGUGGAACAGUUCCUCAAUCGUUUGGAUGCAGCCGCGUCAGUGGUUUUGAACACCCCAGUUUCCGGCUCCAAACUCACCACUGACGCAUCCGGCCCCGGUUCACGAUUCGACGAAACCACUCACUCCUUUGAUUGGGCUUCUGCCUUGCUGUCCGGUGUGACUGAAGUAGACACAGAACCGGCUACUACUCAAUCUCGACUUCGUUCUCAGCCGUCUUCCGUAUCGUCAACCUCGUCGACUGCUGCAUUGUUAAGUCAAUUGCGUCUUCCCCCUGGUUGGCCCUAUAGCGAUCCAGGUUUUUAUUUGGCCGUUCAACUGCUUUCGGAUUCUGCCCUGUUUCGCACGCUUACCGGUCUCUUGGAAGUUGGUCUGCACCGGAUGUUGGAAUUUCCCAUCCCAGACGGUCCUCCUGUUGGAAUGGUACACGCAACCGGAGCAGGUAUACGCCUGAUUCGCCGUUUGUUAGCACAAGAAGAAAUACUUUACACGUUUGUGCGCAGGACAACUGUCAAUCCUUCCUUCGGUUCACUAAACCGAUCAAGCUCAUUUGUCCUACCCGGUGCGUCUGGUCUGAACGCAACUGUACUCAACCUGUCUGUCCCGACUGUUGUUGUCCAUCAAUGCACGCACCGGGCGCGCGGAUCUGCUUUCCACGCUGUUACGACGAGUCGCAGAGAAUUACUGGGCAUUUUCGCCGGGAUGAUUAAAUGGACCACUCAGUGCGACGUGGACGACCUAACCACUGAGACCAAUACUGAGGACGAUGUUGAUGGUGCAACGGUGGCCUUGACGGUUCGCGGGCGCCGUGCAAACGAUGUGGAUUGCUUUGCCACAUUUACCGACGAGUGGCUCUACUCCGGACACGGUAUUACGGAAGGUACAGAUUGGGUUAAUUGGGCUACAGGAACCUCUCAGAAAGCUCACCCAGCAGCCCAAACAGCCCGCAUAUGUAUCGGACUACCUCGUUAUCCGUCCCAUUGGGUGUUUCCGGGCCAGGAAUGGGAGCUGUGGGCAACCUGGCCGGAAACGCAGGCCUCAAUCCUUGCUCCAGUCGUUCGCUCCGGGUCGGUGCUUAGCCACUUCCAUGCCUCAGGAAAAUUCAAUGCAGCUACCAAUGGAAAUUGGCUUUACAGCUAUGUGCUUAAGGGCCGUCCAGUUUCCCUAUGCACCGGAUUGUUGCAUGUUUUACUGGCUGCAUUAGAUCACCCAUCGCCAAAUUUGGCUCACUGGUUGCUGGGAUUUCGCCUGGAAAGUGCUCAGGCCGUGGCUCGUACAACACUGCAGGAUGCCGGUAUUGGUGAUCAGCCCCGAACUUGUCUACACGCCAUGCUUGAUGUGGUUGACAUGACUACACGUUCCGAUUGUUUCCUCAGUCAUGGCUCGGCUGAACCUACUCACUUCAUGCUGACCGUGCACUGGAAUCUGACCCUUAUAUGGCAAAUACUUCAUCGCUUGAGCGCCAACCCGUUAUCUUCCGAAUCGUUGCUUCGAUUUCUUCGCAGUAAUCACGAUUUGCUUGCAAAACAUGUGCAACUCAAUCUGAUCGCCGGAUCUGUCGAGCCCCAGGCAAUGAUGAAACCGGAAAUAAAAGCAUCCGCCACGGGAUGCCUGCUGGAGUUGCUGUCCCUUAAUCGAAUCAAUUGGAUGUUACGUAUCUUGGCGAUGGAAAUCCGCAAAGCUGCAACGGGUAAUCACUGUUCGUAUGCCGUCAAAUUAUUGAAGCUUUUCUGGGGCGGGGCCCAUCUGAUUUGUUUUUCAGUUCAAUCCAAUGCAAUCGCACUGUUGCAUCGUUUAAAGCUCUACGCCAGCAUGAACGGUCCAGAGGCCUUCGAUCUACGUGCUCUUGACGCGUGGGUUGUGGAUGAAUUGAUCACGGAUUGCGAACUUGGCUGCCCGCUGUUGCAAUCGGAAUCAAUGGCUACACGGAAGGCGUCAACCCUAAUUGAUCCCAUGAUCUUUUUCAAUCGUGUUUACGCCAAACUACUGGCUACACGUCUUCCAUCCGGUGGCGCCACUUCGGUGGACGAUGUGGCUGCUCUGUUCGCAUGGGCUGCCCGAGAGCAAACCGGUCGGAUAGCGCAGUUGCCAGAUUAUGGUAUAAAUUCUAACUCUGGAACAGAUCGCGAGCAGAUGAUCGCAUUGGCACAAGAUUUAGUUCAAUUGGGGCGUUGGAUCGAAUCUCGAAACGACCAUCGGCUUACCCUCGGUGCCGGGAAACAAGCCGCCCUUGAGGCAUGGCGUCAAGUUGUGGAGAUCAGCCUGGGAUUGCUUGUGAGCCCUACGAGUGGGGCGCCAUUAAUGUAUGCACUGACCCAGUCAACAAGCUCCACAAUGCUACUGUCCAUGACCUCUGAAUUGAACGGUACCCUGGGUGGUGUAGAAGAAAUUCGUUUUGGCGGUGCCAGUUCGACCACAGGUUUACGACCCCGUGCACCGCAACUGAUUUCGCUGGACGUGGUUGGCAAACUAUUGUCUCAGUUGUGUGAAACCGAUCAGACUCCAUCGUCAUUACGCCUGUUGGCUUCCGGAACCAGUCUGAAUUUGGCCUCGUUCGCGUGCACUGAGCUCUCGGUCGCAGCAAACAAACGCGGACCGCAACUAAAUGACACCGAACAGAUGAUGAUCGAUAUGGGACGAUUCUCAUCACUUAUGAUCCCGGUUGUCAGAUUGUUGACCACUGCAAUCAUGCGUACUACUCGUAUCGAUAGCCCAAAGGAAGACAUCAGUCAAGCACUUCGUCUGACUAGUACCGAGUGUUUGAACGCCAUGACACAGGCAGCGAACACCGGCGAAUUGCACUGGUCCCACUCGGACGCUUUCAACAACGGUGUGGAUACGAUUGCGGAUGGGGUACCAAUGCUGUCACUACUCUGUUGGGAUCUGAGUCGCGGUCAUGCAGUGACACAAAUGGCCGCAAUGACUGUGCUGGAAUUGCUGAUUGGAAUCGAUCGCUCAUCCGCGGACUUUGUCACUUUUCUGAGCGCACAAGGCACACUUCAGCAUCUCGUGGAUUCCAUACCAAUGGAUUUGGCCACUGUCGAGUCUUUUCUACUCUCAGCAAUCCAACCUAGUCCUCUGGAUGAGGAAGGUUUGGGUUCCGGGGAUCAAGCUGCUGUCUCAACCGAUGCAGAUUCUGUCUCUGCGGCAACAUCCGCCUUUCACAUGUUUCGCACCAAAAUGUCCCUCUUGUGCCGUGCCGCAACAACUCUCCCGGGGGCUAAGCGUAUCACACAAAGUAACCUGCUCCCGUGUCUGUCCAGUUGCGGAAUCUUCUCCGCAUUCACUGUGGCCAGCUGUUAUGCACACGGUUUGGAUUCACUGUACGCAUGCGAGGAUCUAGAUGGCACCGGUCCUCACAAACGCAAUCACGAAACCUCAACCGUCGCUUGGACCCGGCUACACUAUUUAUUGUCCUCUUGUGUGGAUGAGAUCAGAACAGACGAGUCCUCUGUACUGCAACAUAUAGUUCGUCUGAUCUCCCUGAGCGACUCUGCCGAUUCCUUGUCCACAGAUGGCAGUGAGAUCACCUGGUCGAGUGUCUUGUUGCCUGCAGUGCGUUUGCUGAAAUCGUUACUGAUCACUAUGGGUAAGCGAUAG